AUGCAAGAGCUUGGCCGAAAGCUUACUUGGGCCGAGAAAUCUUCCUUGGCACUCAGAAGGCAUCACCCUGAACUCAAGGACGUCUGGGGUGACGUUGAGUCCGGCAUCCCCAUCGUCGUACCGGAGAGAGCUGAACAGCCUGCUGGUUUGAAGGUCACGUUACUUCCAUUCCAACGGGAAUCACUCUUCUGGAUGCGUAAGCAAGAGCAGGGGAUCUGGCAUGGCGGUAUGCUAGCCGACGAGAUGGGCAUGGGUAAGACUAUUCAGAUGAUAUCCCUCUUUGUGUCGGACCUGAAGCGUCCGAACCUUGUCGUUGCGCCAACUGUUGCUAUAAUGCAAUGGCGCAAUGAGAUCAACACUCACACAGAGGGGAUGAAAGUCUUGGUAUGGCAUGGCGCGUCUCGCGUCAACAACCCCAAGGAAUUGGAGAAAUACGAUGUUGUGCUCACUACUUACGCUGUCAUGGAGAGUUGCUUCAGGAAGCAGCAGAAUGGUUUCAAGCGGAAGGGGCUCAUUGUGAAGGAACCUUCUCCUCUUCACCAGAUUCAAUGGAACCGGAUCAUUCUUGACGAAGCGCACAAUAUUAAAGAACGCCAAACCAAUACUGCCAAGGCAUCCUUUGAGCUUCAGAGCAAUUACAAAUGGUGUCUAUCCGGAACGCCCCUGCAGAAUCGUGUGGGAGAGCUCUACAGUCUAGUUCGUUUCCUCGGGGGUGAUCCAUUCUCCUUUUAUUUCUGUAAGAAAUGUGAUUGUAAAUCGCUUCAUUGGAAGUUUACAGACAAAAAGAAUUGUGACGAUUGUGGUCACAGCCCAAUGCAACAUACCUGCUUCUGGAACAACGAGAUCUUGACACCUAUUCAGAAACACGGCAUCGAGGGCCCGGGAAGGAUUGCUUUCAAGAAGCUACGUAUCCUCCUUGAUCGAAUGAUGCUGCGUAGAACAAAGAUUCAACGAGCUGAUGACUUGGACUUACCUCCUCGUAUGGUGAUCGUGCGACGGGACUACUUCAGUCCCGAAGAGAAAGAGCUUUAUCUUUCGCUCUUUUCAGACGCGAAACGCCAGUUCAGUACUUACGUUGACCAUGGAACGGUUUUGAAUAACUAUUCCAAUAUCUUCAGUUUGCUUACUCGCAUGAGGCAAAUGGCUUGCCACCCAGACCUUGUGCUCCGCAGCAAGACUAAUGGGACCCAGUUCUUGGGCUCGGAUGAGGCUGGUGAAGCCACGAUCUGUAGACUCUGCAGUGAUAUUGCGGAGGAUGCUAUCCAGGCCAAAUGCCGCCAUAUCUUCGACCGGGAGUGCAUGAGACAGUAUCUGAGUACGGCUGGAGACAUGACGCCCGACUGUCCUAUUUGCCACAUUGCUCUUACCAUCGACCUUGAGGCUCCGGCGCUCGAACUUGAAGCGAAUGUUCCUUCUGCGCGACAAGGAAUUUUGGGACGACUCAAUAUCGAGACUUGGCGGUCUUCCUCCAAGAUCGAGGCACUUGUCGAGGAACUUUCUAAUCUUCGCUUGCAAGACAACACGACGAAGAGUAUUGUGUUCAGUCAAUUUGUCAACUUUUUAGAUUUGAUCGCUUUUAGGCUACAAAAGGCGGGCUUUUCGAUUUGUCGACUUGAGGGAACCAUGAGCCCUCAGGCUCGCGAUGCGACUAUUCAGCACUUCAUGAAAAAUGUUGGCGUUACUGUAUUUCUUGUCAGCUUGAAAGCUGGUGGAGUGGCAUUGAACUUGACCGAAGCAUCUCGAGUGUAUCUCAUGGACAGUUGGUGGAAUCCUGCGGCAAAAGCUAUGGACCGCAUUCACCGUCUCGGACAAUACCGUCCUGUUCAGGCUAUCAAACUUAUCGUCGAAGACAGCAUCGAAAGCCGAAUCAUACAAUUGCAGGAGAAGAAAUCAGCGAUGGUGGAUGCUACGCUAUCUACUGAUGAUUCCGCGAUGGGAAGACUUACACCAGAAGAUCUUGGUUUCUUGUUCAGAGUAUGUCCACUUUUUCUUGACGUGCUCGAUUUCGCUGAUCUUUGA